GUACUUUCUGGGAACAGCUGUUACACAAGAUCUUACUGUUGCAGAAUUUUUAAAACUGCUGAUUUCUGCAGUUUUUGUUCCAUUUUUUAUGAGGAAACGACAAGGUUGGAAGGAUUUUCAACAGCCCUCUGAACUUCCUCAGAAGUGCACAGCAUCGCAGACGGCGUGUGAGCUGCCAGCGCCGCUCCUCUCCUCCAGCUUUACGGGGUCCUGUCAGGACGAAGCCAACCAUGGAUGAUAUGGAUGAUAUGGAUGAUAUGAAUUACAAUCUCUUCUUGGAUCUUUUGAAUGGGACAGACGACCCGACGGAGUAUUUGCAGAAUGAACUCGUCCGCCUCUGUUCCAAGAACAAAGUCAACCAGUUUGGUGCCAAAUUCAACCCAAUCUUUUACUCUGUCAACUUUCUCCUGAGUUUCUUUGGAAAUUGGCUGGUGGUUGUCAUCAUCUGCAAGUAUGAGAAGCUCAACACAGUCACAAACAUCUUCCUACUAAAUCUGGUCUUCUCAAAUUUGCUCUUUGCCUCCAGUUUGCCUUUCUGGGCCACAUACCAUUUUUCUGAAUGGAUUUUUGGCACAGCGAUGUGCAAGAUUGUCAGUAGCACAUAUUUCAUUGGUUUUUACAGCUCCAUCCUCUUCCUCACACUCAUGACCUUCGAUCGAUACCUGGCAGUGGUGCAUGCAGUGUCCGCUGCUAAACACAGGAAGAAGCUCUAUGCCAUGGUUUCUUCUGUGAUAGUGUGGUGUAUAAGCGUUGCUGCCAGUCUAAAAGAAUUAGUUCUACGUAAGUCAUGGAAAGACCCCUCAGAUGGGUACCUGUGCGAAGAUUCAGGGUUUCCAAUAAGUACCAUAAGGACCUGGAGCCUGGUCACGUAUUACCAGCAGUUCAUGCUCUUCUUCCUCGUUCCCCUGAUCAUGGUCCUGUACUGCUAUAUCAGCAUUACUGUGCGUAUCCUGUCCACCCGUAUGAAGGAGAAGUGUCGUGCCAUCAAGCUCAUCUUUGUUAUUAUUGUCACCUUCUUCAUUUGCUGGACGCCCUACAACAUAGUCAUCCUCCUUCGAGCUAUUCAGUCCUCUAACCCUGAGCUUCAACCGCCGUCCUGCUCUGACGCAGAAAGCCUGGACUAUGCUCUAUAUGUGACCCGUAACAUUGCCUACCUGUACUGCUGCAUCAGCCCAGUGUUCUACACCUUUGUGGGAAAGAAGUUCCAGAGCCAUUUCAAAAGGCUGAUGCUCACGAGGGUUCCAUGCCUCAAGAGACACAUAAGUCUAACUAGCCACAGUACCAGGUCCACAUCUCAGGGAACACCACACUCCGUCUACGAGUACUGAACUCUCAUGACACGCAUCAUCCAAGCUCAUUGACCCAAGCAUCCUCCUCUCAUUUGGCUGUUCCUGACCUCCACCAGCCCUGUGGAACAUGAGCUUUUACAAACACUCCAAGAACACUGAACGUCUCGCUUUCCUCUGCUUCCGUGACACGAGUCAUGACCAAUACACACUCUGUAAAUGACUGGUUCUGCUGUAAUUGUACAUUAAAUUAUUAAACGUGUCUAAAAGUUAGAUUCGAGCACAAAUGAAAAAACAUCCUGCAUCUGCUCUCAAUUACUGUUUCUUAUUUUUGUUUAUUAAAUUUGAAAAAGAACU